CUGGCAUCAUGAUGGAUGUUUGUCUCAAACAAAUAAGGCAGGCGGACAACGAAUGCGGUAUGGCCCAACUACACCCAUACAUACAAAAGUCCCCACUUCUGUCUGUCAUUCAUGUCAAGCCAUGAGGGAGGGAAUGAACGUGUAUCGUUCACGCUAAAGGCACCUUCACCAGGAUCACACCAGGGGAGCCCAGACGCCACCGCAGCCGACGCGAUAACUGAACAGCCAGCCAGCCAGCCAGCCAGAGAGACGUGACAGGGCCGUCGGCUGUCGUGCGUCUAUGUCGCACCAGGAAUGUCUGUAUGGCGCCGGGCAGCUUCGGCCCCAAGUGCUUCUCACUGUGCAAACCACGGCCCUACACAACACACAAUACACAAUACACAAUACACAAGCACCACCGAAGUGUGCGCCGUCGUCACCCUGCCGUCAUCUUCCUUCUCACCGUGACAACGUGCAUCAGAAUCGGCUGGCCUGGAUUUGGUGGCGGUUGACUUCUGAGCGGAGUCACACACCACAACACAAUGGACGUAGGCAGGCAGGCAGGCCUACAGAUAGAUGCAUGCAUACGUCAUGUGUUUCUGCAGCCGAUCCAUUCGCAUCUCGACGUACACCACCGCCUCGUCCACAUAAAACCCGUGAAGGUCCACAUAAAACAGCCCCCGGUCAGCGCCCCCCGCCGCCUCCCCCGGCCCGUUGUGCAUGGCCCUCAGCUGUGUCGAAUGGACGUCGAUAAGCUCGUCCGCCAUGCGGAACAGAGCCUCACGCAAUCUGUCCCGCUCCGUCUGAGCCCGGCUGUCGGCCUCUGACGCCAUGGUUUUCUCCCUGUAAGCUUCGUCGUGACGGCGCAUAGAGAAACUGGCAGCCGCAUUCCUGCACCGACCAUGCACACAUUGGAGAGGGUAAGUGUGUGGCUCGGUUGCAUGGAAAAGAUGGGGUGGGGUGCAGCGCACCUUUUGAGCAUGGCGGCGCUCUUGACCAGCGCCUCGUAUCCACCUCGCAUCCGAUCAAGCUGUAGCAAGUUGAUCUGCCGCAAACCCUGAUGCAAUCAACAAUUCCAAGAUAGCGAAUGUGCCUGCAUACGUAUGCAGGUCAUUCCAUUUCACCUGUGGGGUCUCUUCGAAUGGCAGUGUAGAGUCCCCGACGAACUGUCGCAGCACGUGACGCGCACGCUUCCCCGGAACAGCGGGCGAGACACUGAUCGGCUGCGGCACCGGCGACCGCCUCACAGCAGCAGCGUCACUGUCGUCAACCGGAGAGUCGUCCCUCCCUAUAAGCAGCCGUUUUGGCUCUGGUGAUAUAGGUGACCCCGCUGCCGCCCUCUCCCCCGCUCCCUGGUAGACUGGAGGCCCUUCUGGGUGAGGAAUAAGCCCGAAUACCUCCGCAAGAUGCUGCUCCGUGGCUGUUGCGUUCUUGCCCAGACCCUCAAAGCACUGCUUGAUGUCCUGCGGGUCCACAUGGGGGAACUGCUCUCUCAGCCGCUCUUCCUUCCAUUUGUCGGCUGCUGGUAGCCCAGCUCGCCAGCUGUCCUGAUCGGAAGACGUCUUGAUGGCUGACGCGGCAUUGGGAGUGCGGGGGUCAGUGGAUGUCACGACGUAGGUCACAUCGCGAUGUCGCUCUCGAGACGGCUUAUGGAUCGACGGAGCCACGGGGGAGUGAGACUGCUGUUUGGGCCUCGGUGCCGAUUUGGUGAACCGCUCUUGACGCAGACGGGCUUUCCGAGAUAGCUGCUGGUCAGACUUGUCCCCAACGCCAGUAAGAUCUUUCUCAGAUGCUUGCCCUGGCUGCUGCCCCUCCUCCCUCUCCCCAAUGGUUGAAUCGAUGAACUCAAUUGUCUUCUGCAGCUCCAUUUCGUGCUCGUCGAGGAACAGGGAGAGGCUGUCCUCAUCAAUCCGGUCACCAUAAAGCGCUGCUAAGAUGCCCAGGGAGUCCUCCUUGCUGUCUGAUGGCGGGGGCGGCUCGCUCCCGACGGCACGCGGGACCGCCGCAUCAAUGGCGGGGCUCGUCGGCAAUGAUAUAGACACGGCCGGCGGUGAUACGAGAGGCGCGUCCGUGUCUGUCGAUGGAAUGCCUUCGGGGAAAGGCGCCGCAGAAGGGAAGAGGGGGCUCGAGACGGACGAUGACGGGCCUGAUGAUGAUGAGUCGUCGGUGAUGGUUGCUGACCGGCUGGCCUCGAGGAUCUCUGUCAGUGCAGCUACUGAUUGACGAAAGUCGCCUCCGCACCAGUCCAUCACAUCUGAGGAACACCGCACGCAGACCAGACAUCUGUGUAUUGUCCAUCAUCUUCUCACGUUCUAUGUCCGUCGGGGAGAGAUUGACGCUACGCUUCGACCUGAAAAACUCUUCAAGAGCCUUAACGCACCCCUCUCUCGUCAGCAAUGACAGAAGUGAUCCACUCGUGUCAGCCAACUGCUGGCCAUGGUCGGCCGACUCCUCAGCACCUCCAUCUUUCUCAGCAUUGCUGGAAGGCAGCAGCCGACUAACGACCUCAUUCAUGUCGCCCCCGCAGCCAGCAUAAGUCCGGCUGAUCACUCCCUCAGAGCAGUCAGACGCCAGCAAUUCCUUCAGAAAAGACAGCUCAGCCGCAGACGGCUCGGUGGCCUCAGUUGCAGCAGCCGGCGGCGGGUCCGGCGGCAUGGUUGCGUUGGUGGCUGAGUGCAGCAUCACAGACUCUGCGAUGGCCUCCUCUGUGGCUGCGUCGAAAGGCUCUGAUGCCGGCGGCUGUGGCUGCAUUUGCUUGAGCACCUGCUCCGUCUUGGAGAGAUUCUUGCCACAGCCGAGGAAGACCUCGCGGAUGACAGUCGCUGCACAGAAUCACACAGGAACACAUUCAUGAAUAUGUUUUGGCAUGCGCGCAUUUCUGGUUGUGCUGCGUUCGCACCAUCAAUGGAUGGGUACUUGUCGCCAAGCGCCGACACCAUAAUCGACUCCAUCUUCCCCAAUCAGAUCAGACAGUCACCACUGGAAGACAAUUAUUAAUCACACGACCAAGCCGCAAUGUAUGAACAACAUCAAGUCACGGUGCCUAUGACAAGCAUGUGGCUGUAUCCUCUGUAUCCUCUUCCCCUUUCC